AUGAAGAGCACUAUCUUCAUCGAUGAUGCAGAGAACAUCAAUCCAGUUAGCUUAUCCACAAAACGCAAACGCUCUUUCGAAGAUGAGGACAGCGCGUCCAAGCCCAUCAAAACAUCCCGCGUGGCUCUUUCCACCCGCAUCAACAUCUCCCCCCGUCUCUCAACCCCCUCGAAGAUCUCAAUUACAACUCCCAAAUCAGCUCCCAUUCUCAAGCCUGCUGGUCGCUCCCCACCACCAAAGUCCAGCAAGUCGGCUACUCGCCGCUCGCUCAUCGCCAAGCCCCGCUCAGAGCAAUAUAGCAAGCGCGGCAUCGCUCGUCCCUUCUCUCUUGCUUCCGUCCUCGCUCAAUCCAAAACUCCCAAGCCUGCUCCUGCUCCUAAGACCCCGGCCUCAUGGUGCUUCGAUAUCCACGUCGACACCGAACAAGAAGAAAUGACCAAUCUGAUGCAACACUCGACCACUGUCUUGGAUAUCAGUGACGACGAGGGGAAGUCCGACCCACCCUGCACCCGUGGAAAGGAGAACAUCCCCCCGCACGAACUGGGCAUUGAACUCCCCAGCGCUCGCCAGUCCACUACCGCUAUUCCUGCCGCUGCUCGCAAGGCACCAAAGAUGGAUGAACUCCGUUCUCCGCUCGGUGAACUCAAUGCUGCUGAAUACUAUGCUGAAGACUGCAAUGCUUUCUCAUGCACAAUUGUCUAUGAUGAUGAACAGCACGCGCCCGAGUUCAAGAAGCCUUCUUCGCCUCUUGCCCGCAGCCAGGAGACCAUUAUCACUGCCUCCAUCGCGUCUGUUUUGGAUGCGGUUACUUCCAGCCCUGCUGAUACCCAGCAACAAAUCUCUGAGGAAGCUGGUACCACCACGUCUGCUCUUUGA